UCAGAGCAGUUGAUCAAACGGAUCUCAGAGAUCGGAUUGAUAGUGUCGUUGUGUCAGGAAUUCUUUGGGCUUGUGAACUUUUUUAUUUGCAAAACAAAAUAAAUAUUUAAAUUCUACAACUCUCCGUUAAACUAGUUUAGGUUAAUUUAGUGUAAACCGCAACGUUAUACUAUAAAUUGACUGUUGAUACAGUGAUCAGGUGGAUAAGUAGGGUAAACUGACUUGACUGGAUCUUUACAAACAUGAGUCAUUCUCUACAAUUUUGGUAUUAUAUUAUACAUAUCAAGCGUGUCAUAUGCAAAAGGUGCUUUAUAAUGUCACAUCACAGUGAUGACAACAUGCUCAUAGCCACAAGUGAUUCAUUCUGGGAACCCGGCAACUACAAAAAGACUACGAAACGAAUUGAAGAUGGUUACAAAUUGUGUCAAGAACUAAUAUCAUUGGUUAGUGAACGAGCCGAUAUAGAAAGAAACUAUGCGAAAGCGAUGAAAGCGUGGUCGAAAAAAUGGAAUGACGCAAUAGAAAAGGGACCGGAAUAUGGAACUACCGAAGCAGCUUGGAAGGGAUCGUUAGUUGAAGCAGACCGGAGAUGUGAUUUACAUUCUAGAAUAAGAGAUAAAUUAGCCAAUGAUGUUGUUAAUAAAAUCAAACAAUGGCAAAAGGACAAUUAUCAUAAGUCUAUGAUGAAUAUAAAAGAAAAGAAAGAUAUGGAAGAUACUUUCAAAAAGGCGCAAAAACCUUGGACCAAACUUUUACAAAAAGUGGAAAAAGCUAAAACUGAUUACCAUACAGCGUGUAAAACGGAAAAAUCGGCUUCUAAUCAAGAAAGAAACGCGGCGGGAGAUACAUCAUUUUCUGCUGAUCAGGUUAGGAAAAUGCAAGACAGGGUACAAAAAUCUAAGGAAGAAGUUCAAAAGUGUCGAGAAAAAUACGAAUUGGCGCUCCAAGAAAUAAAUCAAUAUAACCCUAAAUAUAUGGAAGAUAUGACAGUCGUGUUUGAUAAAUGUCAAGAAAUGGAAGCUCAAAGGCUUAAUUUUAUAAAAUCGAUUCUAUUUGAAAUACAUAAACACCUCAAUUUGUCUCAAGAUCCAACGUUAACUCAAAUAUAUGAAGAAUUUUAUCAUACAAUUAACAACGCUGAUUACGAAAAAGAUUUAAAAUGGUGGUCGAACAAUCACGGCGUUAACAUGGCAAUGAAUUGGCCGCAAUUCGAGGACUACACUGAAGAAUUUCGUGACAUCCACAAAGGGAAAUCCAAAGAGGCUUCUCCAUCCGGAAUCACUUUGAUCCAUCAGCGUCAAGUCGGAGAAGAUUUGCAUGAUUAUUCGUCUCAGAAAUCAAUCAAGAAAGAAGUGCCAAAUAAACCAUCAAAUGUGGUAACACAAGUUACUGAAGUUAAAACAACUGUAGAAACAAUCAAUAGUCCUUCUAAUACGAUCACGAACGGCUCCACAAAUAAAGGAAAUGAAUCUAAUCCUUUCGAAGAAGAAGAGUGGGAAGAAAACGAUGCUCUCGUUGAUAAUGGAGAACCGGGAGUACCCGUUAAAGCAUUGUACGAUUAUGAUGGCGCAGAAAAUGACGAGCUUAGUUUUAAAACCGGAGACGUUUUUGAAAAAUUAGAAGAUGAAGACGAACAGGGUUGGUGUAAAGGCAGGAAAGACGGUAGAGUUGGUCUUUAUCCGGCUAAUUAUGUAGAAGUGAUUUCAAAUUAAGAAUGUAUACUCAUUGAAAGUAUUAUUAAAAAACUGUAAAAAUGUUAUAAA